AUGGCAAAUUAAAACAAUGAUAGCAUAUUGGAUUUUAGAGAUAUAUGUAAUAAACAAAAGAUUGUCAUUCAUGAAGGUUUACUAUGGAAAUAUUUGGAUACUCCUUAUUCAAUACCUCCUGUAUCUUAAUACAAUCCAGAGACUUGUAAAAUAAGCUACACAAUUAAGGAAUACUCAAUUUAGGGAAAACUUUUGAAUAAGGAUUAUAAAAAUAUAAAAAAGAUUUAGCUUAAGCAUGAUAAAAAAUCAUCUUUUGGAUUACAUUUAUGCUUAAAUUAAAUGGGAAAUAAAGAGGUUGCUGUAUUUGAAGUGAAUCCAAAUUUGAGAAAAACAAUUAUUUAAUUGGAAACUGAAAAUUAAUGUAAAGACAUUCCAAUCAUAAUAUUUUUUGAGAGCAAAUAUAGAAAUAUAUUAGAUUAACCUUUAAUAUGGAUUAUUGAAGUACAUGAUAUAGAAGAGAUAGAGGAAAAUGAAAAAUUAACUUUAGAAGAGAGAGAAUAAAAAGUAAAAUAGUUGAAACCUUAAGCUGGUUAAUUAUUUAAAGAGAAGAAAUUUUAAGAAGCUAUUUAAGUUUACAGAACUCUUUACACUAAAAUUGGCUAAAUUCCAAAAGCUUUGAAAAAUAAAAUGACUUAAGAAUAAAAGACAUUUUUUUAGAUUGAACUCUCAAGGGUUUUUUCUAAUUAAGCUAUUUGUUACUUAUAAUUGUAUGAUUAUACAAAAGCAAUAGAAACAUCUAAAUAAGCUAUGAAUGAAUGGGAUUAAAAUUUUAAAGGUACAAAUUUUCUGAUCAUCUUUAGCUUAUUUUAUUUAUGCAAAAGCUCAUUUUGAAAGAGGUUAGACUAGUGAAGCCCUUGAAUAAUUUUAACAGAUUAUUUAAAAAUUCCCUAAUGAAGAUGUUACAGAAGUAUAAUUAUAUUUGUAAAAAUGUAAAUAAAUCAAAACUACAAAAAGUGAACAAGAAUUAUAUAAGAAAAUAUUUGAGAGNUAAAAAAAGAUAAUUGCUUUCAGGAGGAUAACCACCAUACUCAAAUAAUCUCAGAAGAUCAAAAUAUUGACCAUGUACAUCGCCUAUAAAAUCAUUAAAAUUAACACAUCACCACAAAUUUUUAGAGGUGCCUCUAAUUCCAACAAUAUUGGUUAGCUAAUGAAAAUGUCUCUUGCUUUUAUACAAAGACCUCUAACUUCAGGUUCUGUUAAAUUUACAUUUUUUCCUGGCUUACUCCCUCUUACACUUAAUAAUCUUUCAAUUAUGUUAUCUACAUCAAUUUCCCCCUAUUUAUCCUUUGCCAUUUUGAUAUUUUCUUUUAUUAAUAAAUAUAAAAUGGCAAAUUAAAACAAUGAUAGCAUAUUGGAUUUUAGAGAUAUAUGUAAUAAACAAAAGAUUGUCAUUCAUGAAGGUUUACUAUGGAAAUAUUUGGAUACUCCUUAUUCAAUACCUCCUGUAUCUUAAUACAAUCCAGAGACUUGUAAAAUAAGCUACACAAUUAAGGAAUACUCAAUUUAGGGAAAACUUUUGAAUAAGGAUUAUAAAAAUAUAAAAAAGAUUUAGCUUAAGCAUGAUAAAAAAUCAUCUUUUGGAUUACAUUUAUGCUUAAAUUAAAUGGGAAAUAAAGAGGUUGCUGUAUUUGAAGUGAAUCCAAAUUUGAGAAAAACAAUUAUUUAAUUGGAAACUGAAAAUUAAUGUAAAGACAUUCCAAUCAUAAUAUUUUUUGAGAGCAAAUAUAGAAAUAUAUUAGAUUAACCUUUAAUAUGGAUUAUUGAAGUACAUGAUAUAGAAGAGAUAGAGGAAAAUGAAAAAUUAACUUUAGAAGAGAGAGAAUAAAAAGUAAAAUAGUUGAAACCUUAAGCUGGUUAAUUAUUUAAAGAGAAGAAAUUUUAAGAAGCUAUUUAAGUUUACAGAACUCUUUACACUAAAAUUGGCUAAAUUCCAAAAGCUUUGAAAAAUAAAAUGACUUAAGAAUAAAAGACAUUUUUUUAGAUUGAACUCUCAAGGGUUUUUUCUAAUUAAGCUAUUUGUUACUUAUAAUUGUAUGAUUAUACAAAAGCAAUAGAAACAUCUAAAUAAGCUAUGAAUGAAUGGGAUUAAAAUUUUAAAGGUACAAAUUUUCUGAUCAUCUUUAGCUUAUUUUAUUUAUGCAAAAGCUCAUUUUGAAAGAGGUUAGACUAGUGAAGCCCUUGAAUAAUUUUAACAGAUUAUUUAAAAAUUCCCUAAUGAAGAUGUUACAGAAGUAUAAUUAUAUUUGUAAAAAUGUAAAUAAAUCAAAACUACAAAAAGUGAACAAGAAUUAUAUAAGAAAAUAUUUGAGAGAUUAUAAGAUAAAGAUGAAGAUGAUAUACAAAGAGAAUAAAAAGAAAAAUUUGAAAAAAUUGAAAAGAACAGAUAGACUGAAAAAAUCUUAAUUUCAGCCAAAAAUGGAUAAUCGAUUAAUCAUGAAGAAAUUUAAAAAUUAUAAUGA